AUAUUUUUAUCGACCUCGUAUAAUCUCUGCGAUCUUCUCUUCGAGGUCAGUGUCAGGCCAUAGCUCUCUGGUUUUAGAGAUUCUAUCACCACAGUCUAAGCUUCGGAUAUUGCAUGAAGUGGGCGUUUUCUCAUUGAUGUUAGGAUCUGAAUAUUAUAUAGAAUCAAUGCUUUUUUCAACCACAGAAGAAUAACUAUGGCAGCGGAAAAUGAAAGACUCUCCAGGAAGGCAUUCGCCCAAAUGAAUAUUAAGGAUCAUCCGGAAGGAGUCCAAGCAAAUAUUAAAGGUUCUAUACCCGGUUGGCUAAAAGGAAGUUUCUUGAGAACAGGUCCAGGAAGGUUUGAGGUUGGAGAAUCUAAAUACAAACAUUUCUUUGAUGGCCUGGCCCUCCUUCAUAGGUUCACCUUUGACAAUGGCUCAGUCAUGUACCAUAGCAGAUACUUGGACAGUAACUCCUACCAAGCAGCUAUGAAGGAGAAUCGCAUUGUCUUCACUGAAUUUGGAACAGCUGGGUUCCCCGAUCCCUGUCUCAACAUCUUCAGUCGUGCCAUGUCUACUUUCCUAACCCGUCUCAAAUUCACUGACAAUUGCAAUGUGAACUGGGUCCGUUCUGGAGACCAGUUUUACACCAUCACAGAGACUCCUAUGAUUCAGAAGGUAGAUCCAGUCACACUGGAAAAGGAAGAAACGAUUGAUAUAUCAAAGAUCAUCUCAGUGUUCACUGGUACGGCCCAUCCUCACCAGUGCCCUGAUGAGACUGCGUACAACCUUGGUGUUAACUUUGGUGCAAGAAGUACUUAUAAUAUCAUCAAAUUACCACCACAAACUGAAGGUAACGAUGAGUCCAUCUACAAGCAAGCAUCCAUCGCACUCACAAUCCCCACCACGGAGACCUACCCUUCCUACUCCCAUAGCUUCUUCAUGACACCAAACUACUUCAUCCUGGUCGAACAACCUCUCUUCAUCAACAUGAUCAAGCUUGCAUCCCUAGCCGUCAUGGGCUACUCCUUCCUUGACGUCCUGGACUUCUGCCCGGACAAGCCCACCAGGUUCCACGUCGUGAGGCGCUCUGACAGCACUCUCCUGGAGACCAAGUAUGUCACCGAGGCACAGUUCUUCUUCCAUCAGAUCAAUGCCUUUGAGAAGGAAGGUCACAUAGUACUUGAUAUGUGUAGUUACAAGGAUAAUGAGAUCAUGAAGAGGUUGUACCUGAAGCCGUUGGAGGAAGAUGGUCUGAUUGACGCUGGAUCACUCUGCAAGAGAUACUACCUUCCUAUUGACGUAGAGGGUUUCCAGCCUGGUGAUACUCUAUCAACGAUGCAUAAGAAUGAAACCACUGCUAUCCUUGAAGCGGAAGGUACUGUCUUCUGUAAGCCAUUUGUCCUGGGUGAACUUGGUAUGGAGCUGCCAAGAAUAAACUAUGAGAAGUACAAUGGCAAAGCUUACCAGUAUGUUUAUGGUAUAAUAUCUUCUGCUGAACGGGAUAAUGGGAUUGCCAAAUUAAAUGUAGAUGAUGGAACAAAUAAGCAGUGGUAUGAAGAUGGUUGCUUCCCAUCUGAGCCUGUCUUUAUCGGAACACCAGAGGGCCAAGAUGAGGAUGAUGGCAUUGUCUUAUCAUCGGUGAUAAACUUUAAUGAAGGGGGUUUCCCUUUCCUGUUGGUUCUUGAUGCCAAGACUUUUACUGAGAUAGGACGGGCGGAGAUACCCAUUGAGGGUAUGCCUUAUGGUAUUCAUGGUUAUUAUGCAGAAGGAAUCUAGAAUACUCCCUGGAUUUCACUGUACAGGUGAUGAGAAA